AUGUUGCAACAGCCUCCGGCAAGCAGUGUUAGUGUUCCUGCCAGUGAUGCGGUGGUGAAGAGCAAGAAGGAGCUUCGCCAAGAGCGCAAGAAGCGCAAACUGCUCGCUCUGUCCGCCGUGAUGAUGUUGAACGAGCAGCAAGAAGAAGUGGGAAAACGGAACAAAGUUAACCUUGUACCAACAACGGCAAGCGACGAUCGGGCAGACGCUGACGAGGGCAACGGCGGCGGCGAUCAGUUGCGACAGAUUUUGGCGAAAACUCGUACACCAUUCGACCUCCAGACGCCGUGUCCGGCGGGGUCCGAGGAGGCAAAGCGAGUGAAAAGCGCCGAUACGGACGCCACCGAUAAGGAGGUGCUCGAGAGCGAUAAGACACUUUCAAUUGGCGCGCACGACUACCGGACCCUCAAGGCGUACGUAAACCAGAGGAAAACAAUGCGCCACUCGCCACGCAUUGUGCUGCGCCCCGUCGGCGAGGAUGCGCUCUUGGACCGUGAACCGAACGAUUGUCGGAUUCCGCUGCUGCUCGACGACAUCCAGGCGUUGCUGAUGCAAACGUUGCUCCGCACCGAUUACCUAACGCAGCCGCGUUGGGCUACGGUCCAGAAGUCCCUUCGGGUUACCCACACGGCGGUGCUGAUCGUGGAGGGUUUCUCGUGCGCCGAUUACGUGUCACUGCGCGAACAUAUGGUGGACGGUGCGCAAACGAUCUUUGACGCCCAGCCGGUGCUGCAGGUCGUUUGUCCGACGUCGAGGAUCGUGGACGAAGUGGCGUGCGUGCCGCUGAGUGAUACCCACAAGGACAUUCUCGUGGCCGAGUAUGGUUCCCUCGAGGCGGCCAUGCAAACCUGUAAGGACCACAUGCUGAUCCGGAAGAGCGUGUUCCCGAACAUAGCCUCGCCGGUUCUCGGGCCGGGUGGUGCCGAUUACAGUAACCUGAAGUUGCCUGCGGGCGAUCGGUUUCCGCGCACGCUGUUACUUCUCUCCCCGAUACAAAUGAUCAACGAAGGGUUUCCGCUGCCACUGACCGGAACUCUGCAGAACGUGUACAAGGACUACGUGACGACGAGCGUUGUCUACAAACCGGUCCAUCCGCAGUCGCCCAUGUUCGGAGUGGACUGUGAGAUGUGCGGGACGGAUGACGGUAGCUCUGUGCUGACGCGCAUCUCGAUCGUCGACGAAACGGGCACCGUGUUGUACGAUAAGUUGGUGAAACCGCGCAAACGGAUCGUCGACUACCGGACCCGCUUUUCGGGCAUCACCGAGCAAAUGCUGCACUCCGUGACGCAGCGACUCGAAGACGUGCAGCGCGAUCUGCGAGCUCUGCUGCCGCCGGAUGCCAUUCUCGUGGGCCAUUCAUUGAACAGCGAUCUCGAUGCGAUGCAAAUGAUACAUCCGUACGUGAUCGACACGAGCAUCGUGUACAAUUUGUCCGGCAACCCGAACCACAAAUCGAAGCUUCAACUGCUAGCGAAAGUAUUCCUUAAGAAAAGUAUUCAAUGUGACACUGCGGGGCACAAUCCGGUCGAAGACUGCAGCGCCUGCAUGGAUCUGGUAAAGGCAAAACUGUCCCAAAGCCUGUACUGGGGUGACCGCUGGUUGCAGGACCGUCAGCACUACCACAGCAUCACGCAGUCUUCGUCCACCGGCAGCAAAGUGGGCAUUGCCAAUCCCGAACAGUUUGAAGGGAUGGUACAGAAGCAGCCACAGCAACCACAGCAGCAGCAGCAGCAGCAGCAGCAGCGGCAGGAACCAGAGUCGGAACUGCAGAAGCAAAUCACCUCGACGCUGUUUGCGCAUGCGAAAAAGCGCAACAAGCGAUCGACGAUCGUUACCAACAGUGGCGAGCUGAAGCACUUCGAGGCCUACUUUGGGGUUGCGCUACAAAACGGGGUUGCUGCGUCGGCCGCUACCACCAAACAGCAACAGCUGUCAUUCAUUCGAGAGGACACCGGUGAUAAAACGGUCAACAAGUUGGCCGCCGAUUGUUUGCAGUACGAUUUUAACCUCGGAUACGUUAAACUUCCGGAAAAGGCGGACGGCGCUAAUAAAAUCGGUACGGCAAAGCAGAUCGACGGGUGGAUUCGCACACUGUACGACGCACUGUCUCUCAACGGGUUGCUGAUGGUGGUACUGGUGGGACACGAGCCCACUGGAAUAGACGCGCCUACACACCGCAUGGCGGUGGCCAUGGUGAAAACGAAAGUACAUUAAUGGGGGUGGGAAUAACCGCCGAGGCACCAAAAUCUGAACCUACGCUACGUUUAAGAAGUGAAUGAUGAAAUAAAGACACGAAG